AUGGAUCAAGCAAGAACAUGGGUUCAAGUGGAUAAUGGGCUAAGGCAGAUAAGCCUAAGAUGUAAAAUGAUCCUCAAGCCUGGAAAUGCGGUUGUAUCUGAGAGCUCAGAGCUGAGCGACAGACAGGAAAGUGCUGGCCUUGUCACUGUGGAUAAAACAAAGUGGAUUCCCAUUCUUCUCAUCUCCUCGCUGCCGGUUUCAGGUGCAGUGUGGGCAAAGUGGGAUGUAAGAGGAGUUGUGGGAAGAUCGAUCACAAUCGAUUGUCACUAUGCAGCAGAGUACCGCUCACAUACAAAAUACUGGUGCCGUGGGAGGAGUCUCCAAUGUACAGUUUUAGUGGAAACAAAUGGGCAACACGGACGGAGUGGAAGAGUGUCAAUCACAGAUAUCCCGGCACGAGGAAUAUUUUCUGUGACUGUGGAGGAUCUUCACUCUGGAGAUACAGGCUGGUACAGCUGUGGAAUUACAACAUCUGCCGACCAUCCAAUAUUUAACGUUUAUCUCGAAGUAUCUGACGUUUCAGGUGCAGUGUGGGGAGAGACGUAUGUAAGAGGAGUUGUGGGAAGAGCGAUCACAAUGGAUUGUCACUAUGCACCAGAGUACCGCUCACACACAAAAUACUGGUGCCGUGUGCAGAGUCGCCAAUGUACAGAUGUGGUGGAAACAAAUGGGCAACACGGACGGAGUGGAAGAAUGUCAAUCACCGAUAACCCGGCACGAGGAAUGUUUACUGUGACUGUGGAGGAUCUUCAGGAUGGAGAUACAGGACGGUACAGAUGUGGAAUUAUUAUACCUGAUGUUCAUCCAAUAUUUCACGUACAACUCCAAGUAUCUGACGAACCCGUGUCUGUUCCUGUACUUGGAUUCCAGUCAUCGGACAACGUCUCCUGUUUUGCGGGUUCAGCAUCAGUGUCCUGUGAGUCCCACGAGGGAUCUCUUCCCAUUGUAUACACGUGGUUUAAGAAGACCUCUUCUGUGGAUUCAAAUGUGUCAGAUACCAAUACAUUGGAUCUGCAUUGCCUGUCCUUGAAACCGCAACGCCAUCAAUAUUACUGCGCAGCCUCAAAUACACAAGGAAAUAUAUUGAGUGAAGUUGUCAAUGUGGUCACCUCCAACCGUGACGGGACCUGCACCAUGGUCAUUCAGGUCAAUGGCAAAGUUACGUCUCAUGGGAAGUGGGGCGCUGGCUGUUCUUUCUCCUGCUUGUGAUCUGGAGGAUCUCAAUCGCGUUGUUCACAGGCGGCACUGAGAAACGCGAUGAAUUCAGAACCUCGCCACACGGCCCACCAAUUACAAUGGAGACUCCUAGCUUGCACCAACAUUGAAGGAAUUCUGCACAGCAAUCAAAUAUAUAUCACCCAGCGUUGUCAAUUGCUAUCAAUUGAUCAGAAUAUAUGUCUCUUUGUCAAUAAACCAUUGAUUUCAUGAAAGUGACUUCAAAGCAAGGUUGCCAGAAGUCAAGACCAGGUCUGUUUCCAAAACCAGGUCCCCGCUCUGAUCUUAUUUUUCCUCACCUCCGCCAAAGUUUUUAUCGUCAAGUUAGUGCAAUGAUCUAACCGUAGCAUAGUUUCCAACUGCUCUAGUUAACUAACCCUGUUAAACUCUGUUCUGUGCAUUCAAUUUACUGGAAUAGCUUUUUAUCAAUGAAAUGAAUAAUAA